UCGAAAAUCAAGGCCCAUCUCACUUUUGAAAAUAAAUAUCCCCAAAAUUUAUAUAAAACAGUCCGCGCUCUUCUUAAUCAUUUUUUGUUCAAGCACAAUGAAAAACACAAGGCCACGAUCUGCUCAAAAGAAGGGGGAUCGUGGAAGACCGAAUUUGAUUAGCAAAAUGCCAGAUGAUGUUCUUGUUACGAUACUAUCUCUUAUGCCUAUUAAAGAUGCAGCGGUCACAAGCGUUCUCUCCACGAGGUGGAGGCACUUAUGGCGUAAUUUGCUCCGACUGAACUUUGAUGGUACUAAAACUUUAAAAAAGAUGGUCAAAGAUAAGAAACUUUGUGAUACAGAGAGGGCUAAGUACAUCAAGCAGGUGUAUAAUGUCAUCAACAGUUAUUACAACCACCCGAUGGUUCAAGAUAUUCGGAUUCGAUUUGAUUUGGAUGAUAGUCAUUCUGAAGCGAUCAAUGAUUGGGUUCAGUUUGCUCUAGACAAGAAAGUUGAGAGGCUUGAACUAAACUUACUGGAUAAAAAUUACAGCGUUCGCGAACCAGACGAAAACUAUGAGUUCUGGUUACCAUCAUCAAGUAUGGCUGGGGAGAUGUUCUCUCUUAAAAAGCUCUUCUUGAAGGGUGUCAACUUGAACGAAACAACCCUAAACAUAAUAUUAAAGAAUUCUCCGCAUCUUGAAAAGCUUUACAUGUUUGGCUCGAAUUUGUUCCCUCGUAUUCAUGUUGGUGGGCAGGACAUCAACUUGAAACACUUUAAACUGGUGGAUUGUUCCGGGUUCGAAUCCAUCUCCUUAUACGGUUUUGACCUUGUGUCAUUCAUAUAUUGUGGUCCAGAAAUACAAUUCCAUCUCAGUGAUCUUCCAAAGCUUAAAGAACUUGAUAUCGGUGAAGUUAGUGUAGGAUUAGAGAAUAAUGUGUUCAGUCAGAUCUCAUCUUGUGCUCUCAACCUUCAGGUUCUUGUGUUGGACAUGUGGAGUCCACAGAAAGGUUUAGAUGUUAACGCCAUUAUCAAAUUUCCAAAUGUGAAGAAAUUAAUGCUGGUAAUGGGAGCUGAAGAAGAUGAUUGUCUACUGGAGUUCACUUCAAUAGCUCAGGCCUGUCCGCGUUUGGAGACUUUUUCAAUAUCGCUACAUUGGUAUACACCAACGAAAAGGAGGAGGAAAGUAAGACGUGUUGCGUCUCCUCACGUUCAUGAACACCUGAAGCUUCUUGAAAUGAUUGGAUAUUAUGGUCGAAUCAGUGACGUCGAGCUUGCUGUGUACUUCAUAGAGAAUGCUGCUGCACUCGAAAAAAUCGUCAUAGAUCCUUGCUGCCAUGCUUCUGGGGGAGAUUUUACCACAGAGGACUUUUUGAAGAGAGAGCAAGCUGCUCGAUCUUCUGCCAACCGCCAGCUCACACCAAUAUUGCCUCCAGGUGUCAAUUUGGUCAUCCUCUAAAUUGUCACUGCUUGAUUGUUUUUACAUGUAUAAACUACUGUAGGAGUGUUAAUGCUUUUGGAUGCUGAGAAUUAAUGCUUUGACUUGUUGACCAAAUUCUUUACCUA